AUGAAUGUGACGUCUGUUUUAUAUGAUUCAGAGAAAUUAUCAGACGACUGUGUAGCAUUAGCGAAAGAUAUUCAUUUAUUGGCGUUAACUGUCAAUUACAAUGCCAGUAAAUGUUGUGAUAUUGCGAUGGAAAUUAAUUUGUCAUUUGCUGAUGUCAAAAACUUAUUACGUGAUAUCGAAAAACAUGUACUAGAUGGAUCACUCGUGAAAAGACAUAUUGAAACCCAUGAUUAUAUUGCAAAACGUUUAUCAAUAAACAAAAGUAUAUUGAAUAAUUCGACGAUGAAUCUGUUUCGACAUAUUGAACAGGAAAACAGUACUCUACCAAUAUGGAAACCGAUCGUUGGAGAUCAGCGUGAUCAACUCAUCGAUGAACAAAUAGGGAAAGCAUUAAAAGUAAUGAAAAGUACAAGUUCGAGUAAUACAGAAUUGUCAAAAUAUUUGUCUAAAAUGCAAAAAAAUAUUCAAAGUUAUUAUGAAAAACUAACACAGUUACUAACAAAUGUUAAAGAAAAAGAAAAAACACUUUUCGCAGAACAAGGAAAAUAUUGA